AUGAACAAUGAAGCUAUUCAAACACAUGACUGGAAAGUGCUGCCACACCCGCAGUACUCGUCCAAUCUCGCACCAACAGAUUUUCACCUUUUUAAGUCACUUUCCAAUGCAAUGCGUGGGUUUUCGUUCAAUGAUGCAGAAUUGAAAGCUUGGUUAGACGGAUUUUUGAAUCUACUAAAACUUGGGACAAAAAUUUUCUUGAGAAUAUUUGAAUUGCGACCAGAAUUUAAACAACUUUUUCCGUUCAAAACGGAUUGUGAGCUAAUCUCCGAUGACGAGUUCAUUACUCAUGCUUCUCGGUUUAUGCAAGCUGUCAACGCGGCAGUUGUCAACAUCAACGACCUCGACGCUACUCUGAGACCACUUUUGUUUGGACUUGGAAGAAGACACGUCGAUUUUAGGGGAUUUAAACCAUCAUAUUGGGAUGUCUUUAUUGAGGCCUUUCAGUAUGUCUGGCGACAAGAACUGAAGGAAAAUUACACCGAUGUUACAAAGGAGGCGUGGAAUGCAAUUCUUUGUUACAUGACUGACACGAUGAAAGAAGGUUAUCAAUCAGAAUUAAAUGAUCGAAAAAAGCUAUCGUUUGUUAUAUUUCGAGAAAAGCAAUUCGAACAAGAACUUGAUUUAAUGUCAAUUUGA